AUCUUUCAGCCUCAUACUUUUGCCAAAGUGACUGCUGUUGCCCCGAGGUUUGUCAAAUUUGGGGGCUGGGAGUCUUUGGUUCGUGUCAUUGAUGUUUUGUGUGAUGUUGAUGUGAGUCGAAUAUAUAUUUAAGUUUUCUGCUGGCUCUUGUUUUUCUUUCAUUUUCUUCCUUUUCAUUGAUUUCCAGUUGAUUUUUAUGUGAGGAAACGAAGAAGACGGCGGGCUUUGAGUCGAUUGAAAUUGCGACAGCUUGAGGAAGUUGCAGAUUUAUUUACACGUCGAUUUGAAGAGUUACGGGACGAGGCUGAGAUCUAGGAAAUAUGACAUCUCUCGAUAAUACCAAUCAAAAUGUUCUUGGGCUGGUGGCAUUGAUUGUUUCGGUGGUAGCACUUUUAACUACUUGUUUGCAGGUGUUGCAGCAGUAUUUUUCGAGUGCGGAAGGAUAUCGAAGAUGUGCGGAAUCGGUGAUGGGGCCAUGGAGCAAGGGAACGAAACGGAAACUUAACUUGAAGGAAAUUCGAGUCGAAGUGGUGUUCGAGACGCCAGUUAUAUUCAUUGCUCCUCCGGAUAACAAACGAGGUCCGAUUGAAAACAGGCCUAUUCAUUACAUGGAUGGCACGCCAGAAUCAUACGCAGAGUCGAGAGUUCUGGAACCUAUAGCACAAUCACAGAAGAAUAAGGAAACAAUUAAACAAGUUCAUACAGCAGAUGAUGAACGAGCAUCUUGGGUUACCCUGUUAUCGAGUCUUGAAAUGAAUGAACACGACUCGCGCGAGUGGGAUAAAAAUUUCUGUUUGAAGAAGCCACCAAAAGGAAAAGCCACCAAAAACCCCGAAUACGAAUUAGCUGUGGCUUUACAAGUCAAAACACGAUCUUGGGACUUCGUUCCAUCUAGCAUAACAAGGCCAUAUGCAACAUCUGCCAUAUGUCAUCUGGUUGAGAUGAUGGCUUUGUUAGGGAUGUACUGGAAAGUAUUCGAUCAGAUUCAGUGGAACCUCAGAGCGGAAGGCAAUGGUUUCAUUCUUACAUCAACUACCGUUCACGGCUUAGGAGUUAUGGUUACAUUUUCAGUUACGGGGAGAUCGAGUUUUGAGGAAAAUCGUGUCAUUCCAUCCAAUCAUAUCAAGGAUUUAUGUUUUGGAACGGUUCCAAACAUUUUCGAGGAUGACGACUACUUGGGGAAGAACCCGGAGUCUCAGAACGUGACGUUAGAAUUCGGGAGCCCAGGAGAUGUUGAUAAAACUUUGGAAUCUCUUGGUUGUACACCCGAAAUUCUUAGAAGAUAUAGAAAAGAUCACAAGCACAUAUUUUCAGGUAGGUUCUCUUCCUUUGCUCUACCAGAAAAGAUGUCUAAUUAUUCACAGUCUCCUUUGAAUUGAUCGGUAUGCUGGGCAAGGUAGUUCGACUUCGUGGUAGCAACUUUAGAAUGAUACCAAAUCCUACCCAAGAUUUUUGGUUGAAGAAGAUUGGUAAAAAGCCUUCCUGGAACAUCAUCACACUAAUGGAGAUAUUUCAAGACGAGCUUGAAAAACUUUCCAAGCGGGAAGACUAUAACGAACUACACGCUAUUGGUGCAGUUAAUAAACAAUUGAAAGACAUUAUAUCUUUAAUAUGUGGAAAUGAUGAAGAACCCGUUACUUGCAGCCGAGAAAACAAGAUUCGAAAUCGACAGUCCGAAUACGAUCUUACUAUAGAAGCGCGAGAAAGAAUCCACGAUGCCCUUGACGACAGGACCAGAUUCCUCCUUGAUUUGAAACAACAAACUAUUCUCAAAGUGGUAGUAGCACACAUCAGCCUCGUUACGAAAGUUCUGGAAAAUCCUAUUUCUCCUCUUAAUUCUAUCGUGGCCGUUCACAAAGAAGAACCGCUGCUAAAUUACUACUUUGAUCGAAUCCUCCCCCAGAUUACCACCCGAGAUACCGAUUCGCAUCUUUUGGAUAGAAAUGAAAGAGAAGAAAGAAAUAUUAUUUGGGUUUCCUUGAUGUUUAGAAUGUUGUGUUGGUUCUUACUGCAUGAUUGGAAUAAGGAUGAUAAGUGUGGGGUUCCCCCUGAUUUGAAAGGAAGCAGAAUGCCGGUAUAUGUGGGAUGAUGUUGGGAAUUGGUGAAAUUAAGAUAGACAGGAGAUGGAUAAUUGAGAAUGUGUGAGGAGUAAAAUGUUGAAGGUUUGCUCUGGUCUUGCAAGCUUGCAAGCGUAUGCUUAAGGGGUGUUUGAAAUAUAUAGUUUCUUUUCACGACGCUAUUCAAAGGAUCAUAGUACUCUACUUCUCAAAUUGUUUGUAAAUAUACCCAUAGAGCAUAGCGUAGCAUGCGAGGUAUUUGGAUAUUAAAAGAUUU